CGCCAAUCACCAAUGACCUUUGCAAUAAUUAGCUCGAGCAUCGUAGUGAAUCCGGCGUUUGAGAAUCGAACCAGGAGUGCAUCAUCUUUGCCGGAAAAUCGUCUGAUAUCCUUUUCGCCGCCGCCUACAACCAAACAAAAGACAAAACGGAAAACAGAAAAAGGAAACUCCAAUGGAAUCUCCGCCCUGCAAGAGCUGGAGCAUCUACACACGCAAACAAAUCACAUCCAAAUACGAGAUCUUCGAACGGGUCGGGUCGGGCGCGUAUUCCGACGUCUACAGAGCCCGCCGCCGGUCCGACUCCGUCAUCGUCGCUCUGAAAGAGAUCCACGACAACCAGUCUUCCCUACGCGAAAUCGAAGCCCUGCAGACCCUCCGCAACUGCCCGAACGUCGUCGUCCUGCACGAGUUCUUCUGGGGCGACGACGAGGACGCCGUACUCGUCCUUGAGUACCUCCCCGCCGACUUGGGGGAUGUGAUCAGAGCAGCCAAGAAGAAUUGGGAGAACGGCCUGGCCGUAGGCGAGAUCAAGCGCUGGAUGGUUCAGAUUCUCUCCGCCGUCGAUGCUUGCCAUCGGAAUUCCAUCGUCCAUAGGGACUUGAAGCCUUCAAAUUUGUUGAUAUCUGCAGAUGGGGUUUUAAAACUAGCCGAUUUUGGACAGGCUAGGAUACUUCUGGCACCUGGGCUUGUUGCUGUUGAUGAUGAUGGUGAUGAUGUUCAUCCUUAUGGGAACCCACCAGCUCAGCUCAAACCAUCUGAAUUCGUUCCUGUACUUGCAGAAACAGACGAUCUUAGGUACCGAGUGGAUGAUUUUGAUAAAGAAAGUAGUAUCGCGGAUGGGAACACGUCCUGUUUAGCAACAUGUAGCAAUAGUGAUUUUGGAGAUGAUCCUCUAAAGAGUAGUAGUUCCUACACAUAUGAAGUUGAAGGGGAAGGUGGUGGUGAUACAUUAGCCCCCCUCACCUCAUGUGUUGGGACGCGGUGGUUCAGGGCACCAGAACUGCUGUAUGGGUCCAUAAACUAUGGCCCUGAGAUUGACUUAUGGUCUUUGGGCUGUAUUUUCGCCGAGCUUCUUAGCUCAGAACCACUGUUUCCAGGCACUUCAGACAUUGACCAGCUGGGAAGAAUUUUCACCAUUCUGGGAGACUUUUCUGAGGAGGUUUGGCCCGGCUGCGUGCACCUACCAGAUUACAAAAUAAUCUCCUUCAACACAGUGGAGAAACCGGUUGGCCUGGAGAAAUGCCUGCCGAACCGCUCCCCUGAUGAGAUUGCAUUGGUGAAAAAGCUCCUCUGUUAUGAUCCGGCUAGUAGAGCUACGGCUAUGGAGCUUCUGCAUGACAAGUAUCUUAAUGAAGAACCUUUGCCUGUACCGGUAUCUGAGCUCAGAGUUCCUACCAAGAACAGUGAUGAUCAAGAAGCCGAGGAUACCCUUGGUGAUUACAGGGAUUGCAACUCUGACUCCGAUUUGGAUGAUUUCGGCCCGGUUAAAUUUUCAAAAACUGAAAACGGCUUCUCCCUCCAGUUUUCCUAAGUGAGUUUGUUUUGUUUUUGCUUUUUUGUAACCAAGCUAAGCAAGAUUGUUGUUCACUUGGUUGGUUGCUCAGGCUCUUUUCAAGACCUGGUGAGUUGUAUCUGUCUGUGUAUGUCAAGAACUUAAAAACAUUGUACCCUUCCUUUUUUUUCAUUUUAUAAAGAGAUGAACACGUU